AUGCUUGCAGGAGAAGGGAUUUACAGAGAUACAGAUCAGCAGAUUCAUUUUGCUCCGGGAGUCUAUGCCCAGACAAAUACUGAAGCACUUAAAGCUUGGAGAAAGUUACCAUCUAGUGGUAGGCAGACAGAGGACUUAUCCAAAAUCCGUCAAGGGCCUGAAGAGCCUUUUCAGGACUUUGUGUCCAGGCUGUUACAAGCAGCGGGAAGACUUAUAGGAGAUGGAGAGUCAGGCAUGUUACUGGUAAAACAGCUUGCCUAUGAAAAUGCUAACUCAGCCUGUCAGGCGGCUAUACGCCCCUUUAGAAAGAAAAGUAGUUUAUCUGAUUAUGUGAGGCUUUGCUCAGAUAUUGGGCCCUCCUAUGUCCAGGGACUCGCUAUCGCUGCUGCUUUGCAAGGAAAAUCUGUCAAAGAAGUUUUGUUCCAACAGCAAAAGUCUACGGGUCAGCGAACAGCUGGUCCACCUGGUAGUUGUUAUAGAUGUGGACAACUAGGUCACCAAGUCAAACAAUGCCCUAAGAAACAAGAUGGGAGCAAACAGUCUGGGACCUGUCCUAGAUGCAAGAGAGGUAAACAUUGGGCAAAUGAAUGCCGUUCCAAAAAGGACAGUCAAGGAAAUCCAUUACCCCCGAUGCAGAGAAACGGGAAGAGGGGCCAGCCCCAGGCCCCUCAACAGUGUUACGGGGCGCUGCAGAGCAAACCCAGUCUGCAGCAAGGAAAUCCAUUCAGGAAUUAUACAGGGCAACCCCAGGAAGCGCAGGACUGGACCUCUGGACCUCCACCUACACAGUAUUAACUCCAGAAAUGGGAAUGCAGGCCUUACCUACAGGGGUAUAUGGGCCACUUCCAAAAGGCACUAUGGGUUUAAUUUUAGGUAGGAGCAGUAGUACCAUGAAGGGAUUGCAUGUGGCCCCUGGAGUUAUUGAUGAGGACUACACAGGAGAAAUAAGAAUUAUGACAUAUUCCCCUACAACAAUUUCUAUAAUACAGUCAGGGCAAAGAAUAGCACAGCUCUUGCUCAUUCCCUAUAUUAAGGCAGGUAGAACAGCAACAAGUGCCUUCCGAGGGAGGAGAGGAUUUGGAUCAUCGGAUGUUUAUUGGGUACAGGCCAUCAAGGCACGGCGACCUGAACUCGUACUUACCAUAGAUAGAAAGAAAUUUAAAGGGGGUAUUAGACACAGGAGCUGAUGUCUCUGUUAUUGCAGACCAUCACUGGCCACCCUCUUGGCCAAAACAGUCGGCUAUGACUCAACUACAAGGAAUAGGUCAGGCCAAUGCCCCAGAGCAGAGCAGUAAUUGCCUACAAUGGAAAGACGAAGAGGGUCAUGAAAGAACUUUUCAACCAUAUAUCAUUCCAGGAUUUCCUGU